AUGUAUCCUGAUUUGGAUACCUGUUUACAUGAUGAGAUGUCGGCUGCAACCUUCAAAGGACCUCCUAGCGAAUGUUCCAGAAUCAAGAAAAUGGAAAGAAAGCCUUCGGGUAGAAGACGUGUAUUUGUUCAGACAGAAACCGGGUGUGUUCUUAGCAUGGAAUUAGAAAGGAGUGACAACGCACACACUGUGAAGAGGAAAUUACAGGUAGCAUUCAAUGUUCCGACUGAGGAAAGUUCACUUAUAUGUGGCGACACAGUCUUGAAAAAUGAUUUAAGUGUAGUUAGAAAUGAUUCUCCACUUCUGCUCACACGGAAUUUUUUACAUAGGAGUUCAUCUACCCCGUGCCUUUCACCGACCAGUAGGGAUCUUCAACAUAGGGAUCAGAGUGGGCCGAUUGAGAUUAUAGGUCAGUCAAAUAUGUUAUCUGGAACUAAAGAACUAGUUAAGGAUAUUACCAUGGCAAUUAAAGACGGCGUCGAACCAAUCCGUAUUCAGAGUGGAUUAGGAGGUGCAUAUUAUUUUAGAAACAUUUAUGGUGAAAACGUCGCAAUUGUGAAACCAACUGAUGAGGAACCUUAUGCACCAAACAAUCCGAAAGGUUUUGUCGGUAAAGCUCUCGGACAACCAGGUUUGAAAAGGUCGGUGAGGGUUGGGGAGACGGGAUUCAGAGAAGUUGCAGCUUACCUUCUUGAUCAUGAUCAUUUUGCGAACGUGCCUUCUACCGCACUUGUGAAGGUUACACACACUAUUUUUAAUGUUAACGACAGGGUCAAUGGUAAUAUGCUGCUUAACAAGAAGCAAAUAAGCAAGAUUGCGUCACUCCAACAUUACAUUCCUCAUGAUUUUGAUGCAAGUGAUCAUGGAACUUCUAGUUUUCCUGUUGCUUCUGUUCAUAGGAUCGGAAUUUUAGAUGUACGCAUCUUAAACACAGACAGACACGCGGGAAAUCUUCUCGUCAAGAAGCUUGAUGGGCUUGGAAGGUUUGAUCAGGUCGAGCUUUUUCCUAUCGAUCAUGGUCUUUGUCUACCUGAAAAUUUGGAAGAUCCUUAUUUUGAAUGGAUACAUUGGCCUCAAGCUUCAAUCCCUUUCUCCGACGAUGAGCUGAAGUACAUAUCUCGACUAGACCCAUUUCGUGAUUCAGAAAUGCUUAGAAUGGAGCUUCCAAUGAUCCGAGAAGCAUGCUUGCGGGUUUUGGUUCUUUGUACUUUGUUCCUCAAAGAAGCAGCAGCCUUUGGCCUUAGUCUAGCUGAGAUCGGUGAUAUGAUGAGUAGAGAAUUUCACUGUCACGAUGAAGAACCUAGCGAGCUUGAGCUAAUAUGUAUUGAGGCAAAGAAGCUAUUAGACUAUGAAGAUUUAUCAUCUUUUGAAACAAAAGUAGGAGACAAAGACACCACCCUUUUUCAGUUAGAUUGCGAGGAUCCGGAUUCUGAUUUAGUCUUAAAUAUAGAAGAGAAUCCAACACUGUUAUCACCAUCUCAAUUCCGAAUGAAAAAUGGAAACUGUAGAAUUAAACUUUCUAAACUAGAAGAGAGUGUAAUGGAGGAGGAAGAAGGUGAUAUUUCAAAGCUAUCUGUGUUGGUGAAAAAUGCAGCGAUCAAUGAAAAAACUUGGCAGUUUUCAGGUGUGAAACAAGGAAGCGGCUCUUUGGUUGCGAGCUCUUCUGGAGAUAAUAGUGUGAAUGAGUUGGUUACGCAUUCAUGUUUUGUGAAGCUGACAGAUAUGGAUGAAGAGAAGUGGAACCAGUUUCUUGAGAAUUUUCAAAGGCUAUUAAUCCCAGCUUUUGUUAAUUGCAAAGAAAGGAAUCUUAGUAAGAGGCAGAGACAGAAACUUGGAACAUCAUGCAAAUUUUAG